AAUUGCAUUAAAAUAUAAAGUGUUUUAUUUGGGAUGAACUUUAUUUUUUCCAGCAGCCAUAUGUUUAUUUCCUUUCGCUGAGAAUAGCAACAAUGCUCUCAACUCAAAAUCAAUCGAUUCAGCAGGACAAUCGCUAAAAACACCGAAACUCCGGGCGUCUGAUGCGCUGUGGGGCCACUGUUCCGAUCGGAAACGACGCUGAUGUCAUGCGGCAGGCGCGGUGACUUGCCGUACCCGCCGCCGGGCGCUGUCGAGUACCCUGUACGGAUCUGCAUGCAGCUGCUGCCUUAUUUUUUCCUUUAUCUACAAGCUUCUUCUCACUUUCAUUUUUCUCGCUCUUUUCCAUUGGCUCGUCUUUGGUAUCUUCCAUUAAUUCGUUUACUGUUCAUAUUAUCUACAUAACAUGUCCACAACAAUAGCUGCCGGCACAUUACGUGCUGCAGCUAAAUCACCCCUCUUCACACAAGCUUUAACCACACGACUAGCCAGCACUGUCGUUGCCCGAUCCAAUGACAAAGAACGCGUUGUCAUCCUUGGCUCCGGCUGGGCCGGCUUCACUCUCGCUCGCACACUCUCGCCCAAACGCAACGACCGCAUCCUCAUCUCUCCCCGAUCUCACUUUGUCUUCACCCCGCUUCUGGCAUCCACAUGUGCAGGAACACUAGAAUUUCGAGCUGCUAUCGAGCCUGUCAGACGAUUACAACUUGAUGAAUUCCACCCCGCGUGGGCAUCUAGCAUCGACUUUGUCAAUAAGACCAUUCGCGUUGAGACCAACACAGAGGCAGAUGCUGCUUCUGCAACAGUCCAGGUAGCCCAUGAAAAGGGUCAAGAAUACGAGGUCAAAUACGAUAAGCUUGUCCUGGCUGUUGGUUGCUACAGCCAAACGUUUGGCAUUGAAGGCGUCAAGGAGCAUGCCUCAUUUCUGCGCGACGUCAACGAUGCUAGACGAAUUCGGUUGCGAGUACUUAAGGCAUUCGAGCAGGCAAGCUUACCACAGACCAGCGAUGCAGACCGUAAAAAGCUGCUACACUUUGCCGUCGUUGGUGGCGGACCUACUGGUAUCGAGUUUGCCGCCGAACUGCACGAUCUAAUCCAUGAAGAUCUCGCAAAGCUCUACCCGAACAUUAUGGAGCACGUCAAGAUUACUAUUUACGAUAUCUCGGCCAAAGUAUUGCCCAUGUUUGAUCAGAAUCUGGCAACAUACGCGACAAAUCUGUUUAAGCGCCAGGGCAUUGAUGUCAUGACUGAGCACCAUCUCCUUCGAAUUCGUCGCGAGGGCGACGUACUAUACAUCAAAACCCAAGAAGAGCAAGACGAAAUUGGUGCGAGUGUUGUCGUCUGGAGCACUGGGCUGAUGCAGAAUCCGUUCGUUGGUGAAGUUCUGAAGCAGACGAUUCCUGGUCAAGGAGCAAUUGUCAAAGAUGAUAGAACUGGUGGCAUCGUGACAGACUCACACAUGCGAGUUCUGGUUCAGCAAGGAGAUUCAGACACACCCAAGGUUCUCCCUGAUGUGUUUGCCAUUGGCGACUGUGCAGUACCACAAACACAACGAUUCCCAGCAACAGCCCAGGUGGCCAACCAGCAAGCAACGUAUCUCGCAAAACAGCUGAACCGCGACAAGAUUGACGAAUCGAAACCGUUUAGCUUCCGAAACUGGGGUACCAUGACAUAUCUUGGAAACUGGAAGGCCAUCCACCAAAGCAGCGCCGAUGAGCUCAAGGGCCGCGCCGCAUGGAUUCUAUGGCGUACGGCGUACUUGACAAGAAGUAUGAGCAUCCGAAACAAGAUUAUGAUCCCUGUAUACUGGGCGAUUACGUGGAUUUUCGGCAGAGAUAUUUCACGAUUUUAAUCGUGCAUGAAAAAAUGGCUCGUUUCGGGGAUAAAAUUUGGCGUAAAAAGUAGAGAGAGCAUCACCCACCUUGUAUAUUAGAAAUCAGUUAUUAGAAUCUCAAACAUAUUUUAUACACUUGUCAAUUUAUACAAAUCUUAGAACAAA